CCUACAGCUGCGGGGCGAGGAUUAUUUGUGCACUCCUGAGGAAAACGUGUACAAGAUAGAUUUCACCAGGUUUAAAAUCCGAGACAUGGAGUCUGGCACUGUACUGUUUGAAAUCACCAAACCACCUGCCUCAGAACGUGAACAUGGUGAUAAAAAGGAUGUUGACCCUAAUGCCGGGCGGUUUGUACGCUAUCAGUUCACCCCAGCUUUCCUUAGACUUCGGCAAGUUGGAGCCACGGUAGAGUUCACAGUAGGGGACAAGCCCAUUAAUAACUUCCGCAUGAUUGAGAGGCACUACUUCCGGGAUCAGCUGCUCAAGAGCUUUGAUUUUGAAUUUGGGUUCUGCAUCCCCAGCAGUAAAAACACUUGUGAACACAUCUAUGAAUUCCCACAGCUCUCGGAGGAUCUCAUUCGAGAGAUGAUCCUUCACCCUUAUGAGACACAGUCGGACAGUUUCUACUUUGUAGACAACAAGCUGGUGAUGCACAACAAGGCAGAUUAUUCGUACAGUGGAGGACCAUGAAUGCUGAGUGGACAGCAGAGCUGUGCUAGCCUUUCCUUUCCUGUAGAAAUUGUCAGGGAUUCUACCAGCUUCCUGCAGCUGACUUGCAAGGUCAGCUGAGCACAGGUCCAUGAACCAAGGACUCUUUGCUGUAGUAGGAGUUUCAUGACUAAACUUGUUGAAGUCUUUCAUCUUCCCUGAGCUUUGAAGCAGAACCCAGACCUUCAAGAACUCCAAACACAGUUCCACUCCAAUGAGUGAUCUUUGGUCACCAGAGUCUGAGGCUCUUUAAAUAGCUCUGUGUAAAAAUGGCUUGAUAUAUUAUCCAGUUAAUAUCAGUACAGGAAUUCUCUGCCCAAAUUCUCCAGAUCCAUUUUUUCAUUAUUAAGCAUCUCUUUGCACAAUUGCUGUCUCUUAGAAUGUGGGGUGGGAGAGCCUGUGAACAGGCAGAAGUCUAAUGCAAAUACAGAGAUGCGUAUCUUUAUCUGAUUCUGUUUAUGAAUGCUUCAAAGGGCACAGUUUUAAUCCUAACUUCAUUUGUACAUCCACCUAAAAAUGUCUGUCUUUCAUCCUGAGAAGCAAAAUGUAAGUGUGAUUUUAGAGAGAGAGCCUCUCUAAAUCUAUAACUCAGCACAUGUUUUACCUCCACAUAACAUUUCCUGUAAGAUAUCUUGGAAACAAUGAAACUCACACUGAAGGACAGUAAUUCAAUAACGGGUCUGUCUUCAACUGCCCUUUUUUUCUGUUUCUGUUAGAAACCUAGUAUUGAGGGUUUGCAAGUCCCCACAAAUGUUGUCCUCUUUCGUUUCAGCUUCUGUGUUCUUUGCUGAAUCAUCCAGUCAAGAAGUAGAUAUGUUUUUAGUUUAGCUUGGCAUUAUCAGGCAGUUAAUGUUCAGCCUAUACCUGGUGUAAGCUUUUCUUCCCUGAAUCUAAUUUCUUCUUUAGCUGCCUGUAUAAAGAAGUGUAGCGAGACAAGAUGCUUCAGGAGGGUUGUCAGAGGAAAGUAGUUUAGUUUGUCCAAAGUGAUUAGAGUGAAUGGACUUUCUGCUUUUUCUUUUGUGUCUGAAUUGAAGCAUUUUAUGGUCAAGUGUGUUUGUUUUUUCUUUUGUCCAGAAUUUUUUGGACCAGCUAUUAAUUCCUCAGAGACCAUACGUUUGACACUGUGCAUCUACGGUCAGUGUAUAACAGAUGUUAUCCAAAAUGAUGGCUGCACGUCCAGUCCUGCAUAAGGAGUUUAAGAACUGUUUUGCACAAGUUUCGCAUAGUAUGCUGCUCUUGAGAGCAGGGAAGUGGAGGGGAGAGGCAAAGGCAAGCUAAUAAAUCACAGAGAGAAUCUGCUGUAUUGUACAUUAGAAUAGAUGAAAAUCAGUGAAAAGGUCCAAAAUGAACAGAAGCAAAGGAUGAAAGCUUUCUUCCUUUUAUUUGCAGCUGACUUAUGGUCAUGAAACCCUCACUCAAAAAAUUUGGUUCACUGAUAUCAGAAAAAUUAAGCUUUGCAGUUUAUAGCUGUUUCUAUAAAUACAUUGUCUUCAUGUCUAAUUCUGUGAGUUAAAUGGAACAUUAUAUGUUAGCCUCAGACAAGUGUGAUUGUAAUAAUUUUUUAAAAUACCAUUUCCAGUUGUUACUAACACCUUUCCUCCAGUCACUGCCUAAUCAACCAAGAAAAUUGCAAACCAUUCCAGUUGUAGCCAUCCGUCAUCUGAAAAGGGAGGCCUUCACUAUUUGAACUUGGUUGGCUUGUUUUUUAUGUUUGGCAGUUGAUUGUUCUCUGAGGCAACUGCAGCAGGUUAGGACACAACACAGAUUAUUUUUUUUAAAUUAACUGUAGCCAAAGUAUGUGUACACAGUUCACUGCUAUAACAAAACAGCAAAUACUACCCAGAUGAGACCUGUCAUCAUUACUUUUUUGUACUGUAUCUAACUGCAAAAUCAGCCUAGGGCUGACUUAUAUAUUUUAAAAUGGUUACAAGGAGUUUUCCCAAUUAUUUUUAUAGUAGUCUGGUCAGCCAUGUAUCAUAGCACAACGAAUCAUCAGAAAAUGAAAAAUAGUUUACAAAAAAUGGACCAGUUAAUUUUUUUUUUCUUUUUGUAUCAGGGCUGUUAAACUGUCUUGCAAAUCAAGAGACUUUCCAACCUCAUGGGAAUAUUGAACAGCUUUUGAAAUAGUCAAUAUGUUUAAAUAUAUAAGAAAAUACAUUAUGUGGAGACAGUAGAGUGUUUAGCCAUUACUCCAUGUACUUUCCCGUGUACUAAUAUCUUCCAUCACUCAUUCAUUGUCUGUAUUAACCUCUUUUGUGCUUAAUAAUAACAGCUACAUACAGCACGUGUGCCUGCCCAGCACUGCCAGACAAACACAUUCCAGGAGCAGUGAGUUAAAAUGUCACCAUCUUGUAACUUCUCAGUCCGUUGCUGUGAGAGUGGUGUCAGUUCCAUGUCAUCUGUUAGCCCAUCUUUUCAUUUGUUGGGUUGUCAUCUCAAGGAUCCUCUUGGUAUGUGAUGAUGUAACAAGUCAUUUGGGAAACACUCAAAUUCAUUAGUCCCCAGCUCCGUUUUACGCUUUCUGUGCUACCUCUUGUUACUGUUUUUAAAGAUUCCUUUGAAGUGUUAGUUGAUUAUAGGAUUAAAGAGAUGAUAUCUUUUGAAAUAGGAAGUGGCUAAACAAAAUAUGCUGUGGGGGUUGCCUGCCUUUAUAGGAACAAGAAGCUGGAGAAAAGGUACUUCAUUCCCAGAAGUGCAAUUAGUUACAAAGUGAGCUUCUUGGUACAUUGAAUUUUAUUGCAAGUGGGAGGUUAAGCAUAAAAAAGAAUGAAAUAUUCAUGACCGGAUUCUGGGACUAGUUUGGCAAACUGUGAUCACAAUCCAUAUUCUGGAAGGGGGGAGAGGGUUAUAUUUUCAGGCUAGAAAACAAAUCCAAUCAUGAUUUAUGUAGAUAUGUUUAACAGCUAGUUAGUUUGCCCAGUCCUAGAAAUAAAAAUGCUGAUAUCCUUUAAAACAAGAGAGAAAUUUUCAACCAUUUAAUGGAGUAAAUUACUAGAUCAUCUUUUGGCUUUGUUUUUUCAGUGGCUGCUUUAUAAAUUAUUCUUUUUAAAAAAUCAAAUGUGGAAAAAAACUGUCAAAGUGCUAAUAUUACAAGACAGCCUGUGAUGCAUUUCUGAACUCUUGAGACCAGUAUGAAGCUUUCUCUAGAAGUGUUAUGAAGACAGAAUUUUACAGUCCACUGUAACUGUCAUUCUGUAGUUGCAAACAAUUUUUCACCUAGAGAGCUGUAUGCUGCCAUAAAUUGUUUCCAACUUUUAAAUAAUCUAAGAUUAAUAAAAAAAGAAAAAGAAAGGCCUUGGAUAAUGGACAGGUUCCAUUUCUACCCUGGCUGCUCAUGCAGAAAUAUGCUGUGUAAUAUUGAUGCUACAUCCAUUGCACAUGAUAUCUGUGAAAUACACAGGAAAAAUCUCAUAGGAGCUUUUCCAAUAUAUUCAUAGUUCUAGUGCCAUUUCAUGAGGAAAUUAAUUUUUUCCUUCUUCUGGGGCUUAUUUUGUAACAAACUUCUAAUGUUUCCUCUGAUCUUAAGAUGGGUCACUUUUUUGAGAUAUGAAGGAGCAGAGUUACACAUGAAAGAAACUGCCGAUAAGAGACCAUUUUAAAACCAAAUGCUUAUAAGAUGCCUUCAACUACCAUUGGUUUGAAUGGGAAUUAAAAGCACUUGGCACCCUUCUAGAAUCCGGCCUAUGACUUCUUUUUAAAAUUGGUACCUUAUUUUUGGCAAAAGGUAGAACUGCAAUUAAAAACAUUUUUCAUUUAUUGUUCCCAGAAGGCUCUUAGUUACUUUCUAUGUAGCUGUUACUCUAUUGAAUAUUAAUCCAUGCUGGGUUUACCUUUGUGUUCAGGCUUUGAAAUCCUAGCUUUCCAGAGGGGUAUUGCAUUCACUUUAUACCCAGCAGGUCAAGCCAAGACAGUACAUCUUAAAAUUGGGGUGUUCUAGUUACCCUCUUCCCCAGCCCCACAUAUGAUUUUAAUAGCCACUGUCUCAAGAAUUCCAUGUAUGCCAGUAUCAUUUGAGAGUCUGGAACCCUCGUUUGCAAAGGUAUAAAGGAUUAUCUCUAAUGUUGUUGAUUUGUAAGCCACUGGCUAUUAAAUGUUGGAACUGAAGUGAGAUAAGAGUGAGAGUGUAAUCAAGAUGACCAACUUUUAGAGAUUAGAUAUUCCUUAUUACUAAUAUAUUUAUCGUGUCUUUUAUUAUUUGUUGAAUUAACUUUGUAAACCCCAUAGUACUCUCUGGGAACAUGUUAAUAUUUUACCUCCACUGUGGUUUGCUUAAGUGAAGUUUGAUGCUUUUGGAGUUUCUGCUGUUGCUAACAUUCAUAGACUUUAAGGCCAGAAGGGACCCUCAUAAUCAUCUAGUCAGACCUCCACUGACGUAACUCUUCUUUAAUAAGGAAAUAAAUUAUGUCUCAAUUUAGUUAUUGUAAGUGGACAAAAUAUUGGCCUUCAUCUCUUUUCUAGGUCUUUAUAAUUUAAGUUCCUUGGAAAUAUAGGGAGGUUUUCAAAUAGUUUAUUCAACAGCAAAAAUAACUUACAGUAUAGGUGUUAAAUUAAAUUAUGGUCUAAUAUUUCACAGAUUGUUCUAUUAGAAAGAUAUCAUUGGAACAGGACAAAUGCUUUUAAGACCAAUACAUUUUACAUGCUCUGGCUUUGGACCAAUGAUCAUAAAGAGAAAAGAUUCCCGCAGAUAUAGUACAUGUCCUUUAUGCAGUGAGAUGGUUUGUGCAUUAGUUGACUAUGCCAUUAUCAUCGUGGAUUGGGGAGGAUUUUUAAGUCUGAUUAAAUGUAGGUAGUCUCUUCAUUUCAAGAUUAAAAAUAAGAUGUUAUGUUAAUGUUCUUGCUCGCAAUCUUUUGUAAUAAAGUCUUGUAUGAGCAGAUCAGUAAGAUGGAACUGCUUGGCUUGUCUGUCAGCCAUUUGGCUCACAAUGAAAAUGAUCAUACAGGGUAGCAAAAGUGCAACCUGCAACUGCACAUAUCUUUAAUAUAGAGAUACAGGCUAAAAGUCCCAACAUGCAAUGCUUCAUCUUAAUCCAGACUGCCUACUCACUUGCAUCAAGGAUGGAGCACUGUGCGUCAGAACCUGGUCUCCAUGGGUCAAACCUUUGUUAAAGAAGAAAACAAGUGCAACAUGCUCCAUCUUGUGCCAGUUAAAUGCAACCCUUGGGCUCAGGGAAGUGGCCAGUGCUGCCAUUGGUUGUAAAGUUUGAACACCCUGUACUAUUAUAAAAGACAAUGUUGAAGGGUGUGUGUGUGUCUAUUAAACUACCCUCUUAGAUUGUGAAUGCUUGGGGG